UAGCCUAAUUCAACACUUCUUUCAGUCGCAACAAAGCUAAACAGAAGAGGUAUACCAACAAUUAAAAACGAGAACAACAACAAAAAUGGCGUCGGCGUUGAGAUCUGCUAUACUCCGACACAUCCGUGUUCCUGCAGCCCAAUCCCUAUCUUCAAAUGGAUCUAGGCUAACAGCUAUCAGAUUGAUGUCGUCACACGAUGACCAUAUCACCAAAGAUGAAGUCAUCAACAGAGUCCUUGAUGUCAUCAAAUGCUACCCUAAAAUCGACCCUUCCAAGGUGACCCCUGAAGUGCACUUUGAGAAGGAUUUGGGCUUGGACAGCUUAGAUACAGUAGAGAUUGUAAUGGCUCUGGAGGAAGAGUUCAAGCUGGAGAUUCCAGACAAGGAAGCUGUCAGAAUAGAGUCCUGCGAACAGGCAAUUGAGUAUAUUUAUAAUCACCCAAUGUCGAGUUAAACUCAAUGCACCUUUGUUGGUUUGAAUUUGUCCAUCAUAAUCAAAGGUACACUUGGCCCUUGUCAUUUGACUAGUUCAAGGUUGUAGGAUUCUGAUCCUCUUUGAGAGGCAAUAAUCAGACCCUUUUAAAGACAAGUCGCGCGAGCUUUUCCCAUUGAGGAUUAUAUCAUCCUUUUGUUGCCUUUCUCGAGAAAACGAUUAAGUAUUUAUUUUGUUGAUGUCUUUCCCGUUAUAAUAUUCACAUGCCACAAAAUUUCAAGAUUGCUUCAGUUGUUGCACUGAUUUGAAGAAUCUAUCUAGCCAGGUUAACUGUAAAGGUGAUGCUGGAUGUUGGAACUAUGAAAUUUCUCCGGCUUAUUAUGAGUGUAAGUUAUCAUUUGCAAUAAUACUUCGAGAAUUGGAGUGGAUUAGACCUCCGUCACUA